AUGCCUUGCAACUACAAGGCUCCAGCUUCUCAAGCAGCUUUCGACAACUUUGCUCAUGCUUUCUCGGGAUCAUAUAUCAAUGAUAUCUCGGGAUCACAGCUGAACAGCCUUUACGACGCUCUUGUCUGGUCGCCGCCUCUUCCACACACACAGGCAGAGGAAGAGCGUAAUAAGCGGAAUCUCCUGGCCUGGAUCGCACGCAAUCAUCCAGAACUCAGCAAUCCGGGCCAGAGAAUGCCUACCAAGGCAAUCCUGGAUGCUUCAAUGCAGCUUCGCACCUCUAACAGCGACGAUGUAGCCGGAGGAGCACUGAUCCGUCACGACAGUCAUCAGAAUGUCGAUCGUCUGGAGCAGAACGUCGGUACCGGUCAUCCAAAUCUUGACUACAACAACGUUGACGAAGUUCAACAAGCGACCGCCGACCACCGCCGCCCAACGCGAGCAUCCUUGCUCCCACCAGCCCGCAUAUCGACUCGUCGCAAGUCACGAGCAUCACUCCCACCAGUGACGGCACCAGCAGCAGCAGCCGUCCGUCCAGCAAUGUCGGCUGAAGCCAUGGACUCACUCAUGCAAGACGUCGAAUCCAAGAUGUUGCCCGCUUCUCCCACACCCAAGCCUCGCAGCCGCAAAGCCAAGCAGCCAUUGGCAAUUCACGAAGACUCGGAGGGCUUCUCCGACGACGCGGGGGCAUCUGUAUGGCAGUACGAUUUUGCGCAGACGAGCGCAUCUCAGCCCCAAUCGCCAAAUCCUUCCGAUUUCGAAGACGACGAAGCCGACUUCUCGGACUCCUGCGACAAGGCUCGCGACAACACUAUUCACAACUGGGUCAACAUCAACAACAACAAGAAGAAGGCAGCAUCCUCCUCGUCCAAGAUCGCAUCUGAUCCUCCCACCUCGCAACCCGCCACUGCCCAGACCAACACUUCUUCUUCUUCUUCUACCUCCAACCUCACCCAAGCCCUCAUCGACGCCCUGGACCGUAACAUGGGCGACGUUCAUCAGAAAUGCCACGCGAAGGAUUUGGACAGUGCGAUUCAGAGUCUUGCUACGAUGAUGAGUUUGGUGGUUAUGGUUCGUGACAGUGGGUUUCAUAUUGAGGAGUGA